UACACGUUAGCAGCAUCGACUUCAUCGGCAACCAAAUUAUCAGAAGAACCUCUCACCUGUCUUAAUCAAGGCCAAUCUUAUGAACUUAAACUUAAAAAACAGUUCUCCAGUAAUGACGGUGACGCUGGACAGGAUGGCCCAAAAAAUCAAACUGCUUACUUGAGUGAAAUAAAAAUCAUGUUUCAUCAACGGCGAUUGCAACACACAGAAAAAGAACAAUUCGCUGUUUGGUUGAAAAGUAGAACUGGCCUGCGGCUGAUUGAGCUUGAUGUUCCGUUGACCUAUAACAUAAUUGAUAUCCAAGAACCGAAACCGCGCCCUAACGAAGUUGCGGUUAUUUGGUCUGCCUCUGUAGAGGCAUCAGUCUCCAUUAAAAUCAACUGCAUUAGUACCGAGUUUACUGCAAAGAAACAUGGUGGAGAAAAAGGCGUUCCUUUUCGUUUACAGAUCGACACGUAUUCAAUAUAUUGGGAUGAAGAAAAAACGAACAGACGAGAAAAAGACAGUUACAAAAUCAAAGAACUGGUCAACAAGUGUUACUGUCUUGUUAAAGUAUUUAAGCCCAACGGUGCUGACCGCAAAAAUAAAAAUGAUUUUAUGAAAAUUUCUAAGUUGCCCCUGAUGGAAAAAGUUGGUGAAAUAUUUAUUUUAAUGUGUCACAGCUCACUCAAUAAAUUUUUUUGA